AUGCUGAAGGAAAAGCUUCGCAAGCACUCGAGUCGGCGCUGGCUCGUGACUCUCUCUCCGAUCGCAGCUGUCCCAAUGUUCUCAAGUCGUGACGCUGUCGUCGUAGCUGCAAGUUAUUGCACUGGACGUCUCCUUGGUGCCUCGUUCGUCGGUGUGGGGCUCACAGGAGGCAUUGCAACAGGCAAAAGCACAGUCUCAAACGCCUUUCGCAAGGCUGGCGCAGUUAUCGUGGACGCUGAUGUCGUGGCUAGAGACGUGGUGAUGCCUGGACGUGGCGCCUACCAGGAGAUUGUCCGUGCGUUCGGCACGGACGUGCUCAACGACGGCGACGCAACUAUCAACCGCGCCAAGUUGGGCGCGAUGGUCUUUAGUGACCCAAUGCAGCGGAGAAAGCUCAACGCUGCCACGCACAAGUACAUUCUGUGGGAGAUGUUCAAGCAGCUCGUCUACCACCGCCUCGUUCGUCGCAAACGACUGGUGGUGCUGGACGCGCCGCUGCUGUUUGAGACAAAGCUGCUCGAGUUGUUCUGCUACCCGAUCAUUGUGGUGACCUGUUCCGAGACGACAGAGCUCGCGCGUCUCAUGGAACGGGACAAUAUGCCGCAGGAAGAUGCACUGAAGCGUAUCAAGUCGCAGAUGCCGCUCAACGACAAAGUGUCAAGAGCUGAGCUCGUGAUCGAGAACGACGGGACGCUCGAGGAGCUGCUGUUUCGGACGCAAAAGACGCUUAAACGAACCGCUGCUCUCGUUGGCGCCUCGCGCGAGGUGGGCUUCUAA